AGGUCAUCGAGCACACUGUUUCGCAUUGUAGGGCCAGCACAUAGUUUAAGUUGACAUGCGCCUUUUCUGUACAAUGUAAAGGUUUCGUUUCGAUUGUAGGCUCUGUUUGAAGACACCCUUGGUACUUAACAAGCCUCGCGUCGCAAGACCUUGUUUUGAGUCACAUACAAAUAUGUAUUGUAAUUAUCGCUAGGUCCACUGCCACCUCCACUAAAUUUAUUUUUGGUAGCUUUCCAAGAUGAAGCCGCGGCUCCUGCUGCUGCUGCUCGCAGCCAGUAGCUGUUUCCUGGCUUUCGACACGGAUAGUUCCGGUGGCGAUGGUUCAAUACCAGCGAAUGCGCAAUACGCGAGCACCACCGUCGCGCCGCCGUCCGUCUUCCGGACGACCAAGAUGCACCAGAUUGAGGACACGACGUGCGCCAUAGAAACGGUGGAAGAAGCGAACACCAAGCAAUUGUCCCUGAUUCUCUCUGAGUUGAGCGAAACCUUGUUCUUCCGUUUGUUCAAGGUGGACAUGAAUGCGAAGUGCCAGUACGAUUUCGAGAAAAAAAAGUGGCUGGACGAGGAUUUUUUACAACAAUCGGACGAUAAUUUCGACGUGGAUUUCAACAUCGAGUCAGAUGACAAAACGUCCAGCGAAGCGUCCGCACACUCUUCCGCCGGAGACGACGAUCUGGACGAUUUAGACGACGACGAGGACGAUGAGAGAGCAGGGUCACCGUCUUCAAAUAAAGCGAAAAGGGAACAAGUAAAACAAGCGAAAGUAGCCGCUACCGAAGUAGAGGCACCAGCAGCUGCGGAGGAGCAAUUUGAGUGCACCGGACCAAUACAGCUCCCGCACCCCGGUGGCGCCACCGGUGUAUCGCAGUUGAUGCAGAAGCCCGGGAAUUUGAUGAGUAUGGAAAAUAACAAACCGAAGACGGCUUGCUCCGUGGACACGGAAGACGACGCGGCCGCGCAGUUGAUGAAAAACACUUCGGAUUUAAAUCGAGCGAAAACGGACCAUAUCAAAUGCAAAAAUGUCUGGGUCUGGGAGAUUGCGGGAUUUGUCGUGCUAGUCUGGCAUGACUCUAAACUCUGUAUUGCGUGCCCGCGAAGAGGUCCUCUGGUCAGUCAUGCAAAAACGCAGUUUCUCAUGCGGGGUAAGCAACUCUGAACCACGGAAAAACUUGUCAUGCUGGGGAGCGCAUUACAGUGUGCUCAGUAUUCCCUUCCUUGCAUCACAAGUUUCCAGACCCAGACAUUUUUGCAUUUGAUAGACCAGGAGUCGCAGUUCUCGCAAGUGAUCGCCGCGGAAAACUGCGCGGAGGACGCGCCGGAAUUUUGGCUGGACAUGUGUGCCAAAGUGGGCACGGAGGCACCAGAGUUUGUGAAUCUGAUGAAAAACCCAGAAACCAACACGGGGUACAACGGCCGGCACAUCUGGGAAGCCAUGUACAGUGAGAACUGUUUCUCGCACGAAAACAGGCCGAGUGCAAUGCUGGUUCAUCAACAGGAAGAGCCAAUAUUACCAAGACUUGACGUGUUUUCGCCCUCAUCAGCAAGAAAAAACGACGACGAUGGGAGGUGUUUCGAGGAACGGGUUCUCUACCGGCUGCUGUCCGGGGUGCACAGCGCAACCAGUAUUUCCAUUUUCUACAAGUACUUUCCUCCGACUGGCGACAACCCGGACGACUGGGGGAAGAACCCGAGAAAGUUCAUGAAGGUGUUCGCGCGGCACCCCGACAGGCUGAAGAACCUGUACUUCGCCUUUGUUGUGCUGCUGCGGAGUAUCAAGAAAGGCAGCAACUUUUUUCGACAGUACAAGUACAAUACCGGCGACGCUGUGGAGGACGAGAAAAUUGCGGACCUCAUCAAACGCCUGCUAGAUUCCGAGCGCCUGCAGUUUUGCCACAGCGCGUUCGAGGGGUUCGACGAAAGAAGCAUGUUUUUGUCGAAGGAAGUAUCGCGACGCGAGUUCAAGCGGGGCUUUCAGCGGAUCAGUGCCCUGAUGUCCUGUGUCAAGUGCAGCCGGUGCAAGCUGCACGGAAAGCUGAACAUUCUCGGGAUUGGCGCGGCACUGAAGGUCUUGCUGCUGCCGGAUGACAUGCUGCCAACCAGCAUGUCCCGGGAGGAAAUUGUCGCUCUCGUAAACACGCUGCACGCGUUCAGCGAGGCGUUGCAGCGGGCGAACGAGUUGCUGUCGCUGUACCAGUGGACGCACCCGUCCCGCAAGCCGGUGGACGUGUUUGACGAAACGAACACGAUGAACCGGGACGAGGCUGCCAGUAGCAACGACGAUGCUGACGACGAUUUGAUGUCAAUGGAGGACACUACUGUACCAGAAAGCGAUACUAGUGAAGAAGAGUCGAUAGACCAAAACCUCGCGGUCGCAGUGAGGGCACUGCAGAAGGUGUUUCAGCAGCAAGCAGCCACCGCGGGUGGCUCAGGAGUAGAUGCAGAGAUGAACAAGACGACUGUUGUCUUGCGUGAAGCUUUACUGAAAAGCAUCGAGAGUGACUUGAGCCGACACCGCGCGACCUCAGAAACGGACACGCGCGAACUGGUCCUGAACGCCGACGCCGUUGUCGUCGGCUCGGGCUUGGCCGGGAUGUCCGCGUCCUUGACUGCCUUGCAGGGCGGGGCACGAGUCGUGCUACUCGAUAAAGAGCCCCGGUUCGGCGGGAACAGCGGAAAGGCGAGUUCUGGGAUCAACGGAGAAAUCUGGAACGAAGCGCUGCGCGCAGAAUUGCAAAACACGGUAAAUGCCAUGAACCAAACGGAGCAAAGUUGGGUGGAUGGUGGCCUGUGUCCCCGAGAGAGUCCACUGAACAGCUGCAACCCGGCCCUGCAAAAAUUUUUUGACGACACCAUGAAAUCUGGUGGCGGCCGCGCCGUGCCGUCGCGCGUGCGUGCGCUCGUCGAGGGGUCGGACGAGGGGCUGCGGUGGCUGCAGGCCCAGGGCGUGGAUCUAGGGCUGAAGGCGGUUUUGGGGGGGCACUCGAGUCCCCGCACGUAUCGACCCGCAACCGGGAACUUCAUCGGCACUGAAGUCAUUCUGGUGCUGGAAAAGAGGCUGCGCGAGUUUGAGAAGACCGGUCAGUUGACGAUUCUGCCGAGCACCACGGUAAAGGGACUUCUGACGCAAAGCGGCACGAGUUCGAUGGAACAUCACGAAGGCAAAAAUCACUACACCGUGACUGGCGUGCACGGAAUACGGACAGUGGCAGCAGGGCCACCAUCUACUACUUCCGCUGCGUCGAAAACACCACCCUCUACCGCGUCACAUCAGGCGAUCAAGGUCCUUGCGAAAAACGUCGUCCUGGCCACUGGCGGGUUCGGGCACGAUAUCAAAGUGAAAAAAGCCCUCACCCCAUAUCGGAAACGGAAGAUGCGCGAAUUUGUGAUGCUGUAUUUGAGUACACAAAUCGACUUGUAUUGCUAGAAGUCCAAGAGACGACGCUGCGGCCUAAAUUGCAGGUAAUCUGUCAUGCUGUUUCCCACUUCCAGUUGCCUCCUGUCAUCCUGGAGCUGCAAGGCUUUCCCACGCUAGGCAGCCCUACAGUCCGCAUCUUUUGCCUUCUAGCAUCACAAAGCUGAUUUGUGACCACAAAUCUGCAUCACAGAUUUCCGUUUUGAUAUGGGGAGGGGGCAUUUUUCAUUGUAAUACACGACCACAGCCAGAAGGGGUCGCUUCUCUACACCAGCCGCCCGGAUCUGCGAAAAACGCCCACGACGUUGGGAAAGUGGACGACUGGAGACGGGAUCAAAAUGGUGCUCGCACUCCCCGGAACGAGGCUCGUGGACAUGCAGUUUGUGCAGGUGCGUAUUUUUUCUACAAGCGGCUGUCUCUGUUUCGUUUUAGUUUGUUCUCUCUUUUUCGUAAAAUGCGAGGUAAGAAUUGUGCACAACAACAAGCACAAAGCAGUUGAAACCCAAGCGUUCCACGCUUUUAUUGCGACCAUAAACCUCGAGCAUGUAGUUCGCGUGCCUCGAUUAUUUCAGAUCUAAACGGAUGAACACAGGUUCACCCCACCGGUUUUGUCGAUCCCAGCCAGCCGGACGCGGCGACGAAAACGCUAGCUGCGGAGGUGCUCCGCGGCGUGGGCGGCAUUCUGCUGACCGAGUCGGGCGAGCGGUUCUGCGACGAGCUGGGCACGCGGCAGUACGUCGUCGACCGCAUGAUGGAGAAACAGGGGGAUAAGGAGAAGGGCGUCCGACCUUUCUAUCUUCUCCUCGGCAAGGACGCGAUCAAAGCCGCAGACCGGCACGUCCAGCACUACAGCCGGAAAAACCUGCUGACAGAAGUGGACUUGAACGUGAAGACGAACGACGAUGAAAAUCAUUCAUAUCCGAUCGCGAAGUUUAGAAAAGCCAUCAAGCAGUACCGAAAACAGGCAGGAGAUGGCACUUCUAAAGACGCGAAGGAUGCGUUUGGAAAAACUAAAUUCAUCAACGUACCCGACGUGACGGACAAGGUCGUCGUAGGCAAAGUAGUUCCGGUAGUGCACUACACCAUGGGCGGAGUGGAAGUGGAUGACUUGCACCGAGUGGUGAGUAGAAAUAGUAGAAGUACGGAAGCAGCUGCAGCCGAUGCAAGUCAACAUAGUGGGCGCGCGCAGGUGAGUACAUCGUCAUCAUCAUCAGCAGCAUCUCCUUCUGCCGCGUCUUCCUUGGUAACAAGAGCCGUGGGGGACGACCUUGGGGAUGAAAGUGCGGAAAAAGACGAGAAUUAUUCCGGAAGCGGAACGAGACACCCCAUACCCGGCCUGUUCGCAGUCGGAGAGAUCGCCGGCGGCCUGCACGGAAAGAACCGCCUUGGCGGGAACAGUCUACUAGAGUGCCUAGUGUUUGGACGCGUGGUCGGGCGACAGAUAAUUCCUAAAGCUAGCAAUGUUGAGAGAAACACGAUAACGACAUCAGAGCUGAUGAAGACACCUGCGCCGGAGACUACGAGCCAAUUGCUAGCACAGCUGGAGGAAGCAAUAGGCGUGAAAGACACUGACAGUGCAGGGAGAACAAGUACGCGGAGCGCGACGUCGACGGUAGGCGGAAACAAGCGGAACAGGAGAAAACUGAAAGAAAAGCGUGUUAUCUCAGCAAAAGAGUUAGCCGAGCACGGCUCUGUCAGCGACUGUUGGGUGCGCCUGUACGACGACGUCUACGACCUGACCAAGUAUGCAAAAAUCCACCCCGGCGGCGAGGAGAGCAUCGUGGAGCUCUGCGGCACGGACGGUACGCAGGCGUUCGAAUCCGUACACUCGCGGUCCAUGCUAGCAGAAGGCGGAUUCAAGUCCCUGGGGAAAGCUGUUGACGGCGGAAAAGAGGACGCGAAUAAACAGAAUGCUACAUCAAUAAAUCACGAGGACAAAAAUAGAGGCCCAUCUUCACCAUCACUGCCACCCACGAGAAGCACUGCAAGCCGUUCACGCAAGAAUUACCACGCUAUUCGCGACGAGCUUUGACAGGAUGCAGUGCUGCAGUAGCACGGCGUUCUAGGUUGACCUAUCGUGGCAGUCUCAACUGUGUUUUUCUGCCGCCAGUUCAAUGUAUCUUAGCUUUCUUCAGGGACUACCGACCCACACAAGCGAAUAAACGUCGUUAUGUUGUUCCUGACGAGUAAGUACCCAAAAAACUACAAGUUCUACCCAGCACGAGCGCUUUGCGAUGAAAUUGCCCCUUCUGCUUUUCGACAGAGACCCAAAAACCUGUUGGUCCGUGUGGACUUUUUUGCGCGACACAAGGACUUACUGCUCUGGCCGGCUCGCUGUAUCCCAGGGAGUCCAGAGGUACGACAUGCAAAGCACAAACAUCUUUGUGUCCAUCUGAGUGCUGCCUUUGCGGAUGUAGUAGAAAAAAAGACAGGGACCUGUGUGUUCUCGUCUC